CUCGUGCACGGCCUGCGAUCUCAGCCAGCCACUUGUGAUACAUCUACAAACGCACUGCAGUUGUUGCGACAGGCGUUUGUUUAUUGUGGCCGUCAGCGGGGAUAGACAGCGUCGUCUCAUGCGCUCGUGCCAUAUAUCCAUACCCAACCAGCAACCACGUUAAGUCCACCAGGACCCUUUUUUUUAGAAAAGGACACCCUGGUUAAAAAGCGCUGCUCUGAACUUCCGCACACCACCAUGUCUCCCAGUCAGCCCGGCAUCCCAUUGAAGAUCAAUGUCAUCGGUGCUGGCAUCGCCGGUCUCUCGUCGGCCAUAGCACUCUCCGACAGCAACCCUCACCACCAGAUCACGGUCCUCGAGUCCAACCCCUUCCUCAGCGAGUUUGGCGCCGGCCUGCAGCUCUUCCCCAACAGCACUCGCAUCCUCGACAAAUGGGGCCUAACACCAGCCCUGGAGAAGGUGGCCUGCCACUCGUCCCACAUGUCCAUCCGUCGCUGGAAAGAUAACGCAGAGCUGUCCUUCAACUUGAACAACCCUACCACCACCUGGCUCUACGGCUGGCCCCAGUGCCAGAUCUACCGACCAGACCUACAGCAAAUCCUGUUCGACCGGUUAAAGCAGCAACCGAACGUGUCCGUUUUAUUCGGCAAGUCCGUUGCAUCCGUGGACCACGAAAGUGGGACCAUCCACACGGCAGAUGGCGAGGUAUUCGAGGCAGACCUCACAGUCGCAGGAGAUGGAAUCUGGUCCCGGACCAGACGAUGCCUGCCGGCAUCAAAGGACAUCGCCCCGACACCGUAUCGCGAGCAUCAUUACCGGGCGGUGAUUCCGCGAUCGCGGAUGCUCUCGAACCCCGUUACGGCGCCGCUCAUGUCCUCGACAGAGACGCAAUCGUGGGUAGGACCGGGCAUGUUCGUGUUGGCGUACGCGGUCGCCUCGAACGAGUUAUAUAACCUUGUCAUUGGGGUCCCGCGGCCGAGCGAAGGGGUGCCUCUGGGCAGGUGGAAUCACCCUGCGGAUCUAGACAUGAUGCGUGGGCUUGUAUCGGAGUGGUGUGAGGAAGUGCGCGCCUUGGCUUCGCUUGUUGAAGACGGGGAGUGUGUCUCCUGGACCUUGGGUGAGGUCGGCCCGAUCCCCAGCUAUGUCAGUACAUCUGGAAGAGUCGCGCUGGUUGGGGAUGCGGCGCAUGCCCUCCUUCCUCAUGCUGCACAGGGGGCGGGAAUGGCGAUGGAGGAUACCGCCAGUCUGGCGGAGUUUGUGGGACAGCUAAGAUGUAAGGAGGAUCUGGCCAAGGUGAUACACACAUGGAGCCGGUUCCGCCAGGCUCGCGUAGAGCAUUUGCGUAGCAUCAGCCGGGGAAACGCCGUUGAUAUGACCCUUCCGGAUGGCGAAGAGCAGAUUGCUCGAGAUACGAAAUGGAAAGCCAUCCGCGAUAAGCAGCGGGCGCAGUUAGCGGAGCUUGUACAGGAGCAGAUUAGAGAGAAGAUCCUGCAGGAGAAACCGGCCCCUGAUCCAGCUUGCAAAAGCACGUUUGAGCCGGGGGGAAGAAUGUGGAUCAAUGGGUUUGAUAUCAGUGAGGAGAGUAGGAGGUUCUGCCACGAGCAUUUGAGACUGGGUGUCUCGGCUUAGAAAUGAUAUGACUAUAUUAGAAGCAAGCCAGUCGCUUUAAACUACUUGUGAUCUCAGCAUCGUGGGUAUAUUGGACUCUGCCUAGUCUGAAAAUAUGGCGUCGUAAGGAGAAACUGAACUUUCGAUAUACUUAUUAGGGAGUAUGAGGUGCGGUUACGGAUACACUUGAAACAUGAUACUUUAUUAUAAUCCAACAAUCUGCCGAUACCAAUUCACAGC